GCUUCCACCUUUGCCUAUAGGUGAGCUCGACUACGACCAGCGGGCGGGAAUCCGGGACUUAGGCGUGCUGGGUAAACGUUGUUUAGCGCGCCCAGGGUGCGGAGCAUGGACGCAUACAGGUGCAUCGCGGGGUCAGGCCGAAUGGUCGCCCGUGGGGUUCCAGGCUUAUCGCGGGUAAGUAUGACUACCUGGGUCACGACAGUCACGCAACGCUCGGUAAAAUGGGCCUACCGCCGCGCGCUGUGGUGCGGCGGGAGGACCUGCCAGCAGCUGCGGCUGCAACGCUUGGCGCCAUUAGGGACACCCUGGCGCGCCUUUGGCAGGAGGUACGCUGGGAACGGCGACACUUUGAGACGCUGUGGCGGUUGGCCAUCGACGCAGUGCCGCUGCCGGGAAAUUCGCAUAUGCCGUUGGCUCGCCGUGAGCCAUGCGGCUGUGGGCAGCACGGCCAUGGGGGCGCCGUGGCGGGGGCACACGCCGCCGCCGCGCCCACGCCACGGCAGCACCACUUCUGGGAUUGCGCGGUGGCGAAGGCCGUGGUGGCGCAGAUCAACGCACACAACCCCGGUCCGGCUCCCAUCAGCCAAGCCCAGCUGUGGCUGGUCCAGGCGCCGCCGGGUUUUCAGCAGUGUGUUUGGGACGUGGUGGUGAUGGCGGCGCUGGCUGCCACAGAACAUGGCCGGGUGCGGCUGCGCGGGAUGACGCGCGCCGCAGCGGCCCUGGGAAUUCAGACGGCGGCGGCAGCAGCUCCCGAGGCUGCGGUGGCAGUCGCGGAUUUCUGGUCGCGGCUGAUGCAGUUCGCGGAGCUCGGCGUGCCCCACAAGGGCUGGGAUGGUAUUGACGCCACUCACCCCAUCCUGGCGGUGGUGAACGGUGAAAUGCUGUGCGCGUUGCCGCAAGCUAUGGAGCUGGAGGCUUGAAAGGGAUCAGCCCUUAGGAGAAGCGCGUGAGCACUAACAUGACCCACUGAAGCAGUGGCAUAUGAGAGGGUCAGCGGGGGAGCUUAGUGGGCAGGCCAAGGGUUUCUUGUUUUACGCCCGUGGGAGCAGGGCCAGGUUUGCGGGGCUUUUUGCCUGAGAGGGUGUAUUGGGUGCUGCAGCACCCCGGGCCUUACGGCCUGGACCGGCCUAGUGGCCAGACGCGUUUGUGGCUGCCCUUAGGCAUAGUCUGCCCUGGCGUCGAGAGCUGGUUAGGUUGCGCUUGAGGUCGUGCAGGCUACGGGGUCGUAGGACUCAGCCCCGGAGCCACUGCGGUCGUGCUAUCGCGUGCUGUCGCGUGCUGCGUGCUGCGUGUUUUGGUAUGUUUGCUGUUUUUGUUUUCUGCCCGCCUGGUCUUUAAGAGGUAGCUCGCCCGCUGGGUCUGAGGUUGUUACACCGGUAGUAAUUCCGCAAGGAUUACUGGCGCAGUGAAGGGUCGGAGUGCGUUACCCUGUGGACUCCAAAGCUGUUUGCGCUCUGCCGGGGAAACGCCAGGUCACGGCAGCCCUCGUUUGAGAGCCCUGUCGUUGGUUAUAUCAGAUACACGAUUCACGUGAUCUGGCAGGAUAACCGUGGAAACCGUAGUCU